CCGUACCCCAUAUUUGGGUGUCUACGUAAGAGAGAAUCAAGUACAUGUCCUACUCAUUUCCAUAAUUCAUCAUAAAUUGUGCAGGGGUGCUUUAGAACGCGCUAAACCAUCAAGAGCCACAAAUCAAGUACGUACGUUUAUUGUAUUUCUAAAAUAUAAAAGAAACUAUACUUAAAACGAACAACCGUGGAUUGUCAACAAAUGAGCUCCUAUUUUGUGAACUCAUUCUGCGGACGUUACCCCAACGGCGCGGACUUUCAGUUACAUAAUUAUGGAGAUCAUAGUUCGACAAACGAGCAAUACAGGGACUCAACAGCCACCAUGCAUUCCAGUAGGUAUGGCUAUGGCUACAACGGGAUGGACCUGACCGUCGGGCGGGCAGGACACUUUUUGGGCAACGAGCGAUCGCAAGGCUACUCCCCGAACCAUUCGGCGGCCACCACGUCCUCUGUCGAGCAAGUCAGGUACACUCAAACCGCCAACAGCACUGGGACCUCUUCGCUGUCCCCUCCACCUGACCCUCUUCCGUGCUCUUCGAUCGCGAGCUUGUCCCCGGUCACCGAGCCUCAGCAGCAGCAGGUUCAGCACCGAGCCAUCAAAAACUCCAUCGCCAGCGCGUGUCCAACGCCGUGUUCCAACUCGAAUGGCGGCGCGAUGCUGAACCGGGCUGACUGUGCAGCCAAAGCCAUGCCCCUGGAGGAGGACAAGCCCGCGGGAAGCGCACAGACAACUUCCCAAAAUGCCACCGACUCAACCCAACCUCAGAUCUAUCCGUGGAUGAGGAAACUACAUAUAAGUCAUGAUAUGUCUGGUCCAGAAGGGAAGAGGGCGAGAACUGCGUACACCCGGUACCAGACCCUGGAGUUGGAGAAAGAGUUUCACUUCAACCGGUACCUGACGCGCAGACGGAGGAUCGAGAUCGCCCAUGCCCUCUGCCUCUCUGAGCGGCAGAUCAAGAUCUGGUUCCAGAACCGGCGGAUGAAGUGGAAGAAAGACAACAAGCUCAAGAGCAUGAGCAUGGCAGCAGCUGGUGGCGGAGGCUACCGGCCUUGAUAUUGUGUCAAAGGAUAGCACCCACAAAGAGAAGGUUCUGGAAAGUUCUGUUCUUGUAUCAUUCCCCCCAUGCAAAUUGUGCGAGAGACUUCUUGGACUUCUUGGUUGGGGCCGUGGGGCCCCUCGCAUGCCAUGACGGGCCCUCUAUUACUUCCGAUACAAUUAUUAUACGUUUUUCCUAUUUUGGACCGUGUUUAUGAUUGUGUAAGUAAUAAUGAUGUACAGUUCUGUUUAGAGUUAGAGGAAAGCGCAAAAAUAAAAUACACGUGUAACUUAUUCCUUCUUGAGAAAGAAUUCAAUACAGUCAUUUAAAAAAUGUUGUGUCGCAAAAAAGCCAGUACAAUUAUGUGUAAUGUCGCCUAUACCAGAACAAAAACAGCCGAAUAAAAUAAAUACAUUGGUAUGAACUCUAGCUGCCAUUAUGUUUAGCCUUUUGUUUUAUAUGUAUGUAAGUAUGUAUGUAUGUAUUUAUUUAAUUGAUGUAUUGUACCGAACAGUUAACUUGCUUCUAGACCAACAACGUAAACCUUGUGUGGUUAUUCUGUGCGUUGUGAGCCGUGUGGGCAGACGUCCCAAUCAAAUGUUGUAUGUAGCUCUGCCUUGUAUUCUCCUUUCUGCACGGGCUGCUACUUUGUUUUGCAUUAUUCGCCUCUCGCAGCAUCUUAGUAUAAUGUGCUUGUCUUUGUUUUAUAUAUAUUUUAUAUGUUGACGGUCCCGCGGAGAUCCCCGAAUUGCAUUAAGUGUAUAGUGCCAUCGUGAUAAACCUUUUUGUAAAUGUUUUUAAAUGACUGGAAGUCGAGAAAAUACUAUAACGAUGAUGAUGGGGAUUAUAAUAAACUUUCUACUGGAACGGAAACACCA